GCUGCGAUCAAUCCUUUCAAAAUAAUAGCUAUAUCAACAGCGUUUGCAUAAAAUAAUAUUUCGUGAGCUUUUCUUUAGUCCUUCACUUGCAAGUGCGCUGCUUGUAGUCAACCGUAGGACACCGACUCUCACCAUGCAGACCACUCUAGGCCGUCAGCUGGGAAAGGUUGCACCACCUCGUAGCCGGGUGCAGUCGGCGGCGCCGACCGUUGCUAGGGGCAAUGCCGUUCGUCCCCGCCAGCUGGUCGUCUUUGGCAGCCUGACCCGGAGGCCUGAGGAUGGUGGAUUCGGCGGCAAGCCGCUUUUGAACAGCAUGGAGGAUGAGGUCGCUAACGCACCGGCGGGCACGCCCAAGGCCUACAAGCCGCCUCCCCGGGACACGCUGCGCAUGGGUCUGCCCAGCAAGGGGCGCAUGGCGGAGGACACCAUGCAGCUGCUCAAGGACUGCGCCCUGUCGGUGUACAAGCCCAACCCGCGGCAGUACGUGGCCAAGAUCCCGCAGAUCCCCGGCCUGGAGGUGUGGUUCCAGCGCGCCUCCGACGUGGUCCGCAAGCUGCGCACCGGCGAUGUGGACCUGGGCAUUGUGGGCACCGACAUGUUCACCGAGCUGACGGACGGCGACCCCGACCUGGUGGUGUGCCACGAGGCGCUGGGAUUCGGGCAGUGCCACCUGGCGCUGGGGGUGCCCAUGACGGGCAAGUUCGCCAACGUGACCAGCCUGGCCCAGCUGCGCGACAUGCCCGACUGGACCCCCGACACGCCCCUCCGCGUGGUCACGGGAUACCACAACAUCGCGCGCCGCUUCUUCGCCAAGCACGGCUUCCAACACGUGGUGCUGCUGUCGGCAGACGGAGCGCUGGAGGCGGCGCCCGCCAUGGGGUCCGCGGACAUCAUCCUUGACCUGGUCAGCACCGGCGUCACGCUGCGCGAGAACAACCUGCGUGAGAUCGAGGGCGGCAACAUCCUGGAGUCGCAGGGCAUCCUGGUGGCUAACAGGCGCUCGCUCAUGGAGCGACCGGGCCUGCUGCAGAUCGUGCACGAGCUGAUCGAGCGCUUCGACGGCCACCUGAAGGCGGAGUCCUUCUACUCCGUGAUCGCCAACAUGCGCGGCGAGAGCCCCGAGGCAGUGGCCGACCUGCUGCUGCAGGCGCCCGGACUGCAGGGUCUGCAGGGCCCAACUGUCUGCAACGUCUACAACCGCGGCCCCAACGACAGCGCCGCCGCCCACCACUUCUACGCGGCCACCAUCUGUGUACGGAAGAAGCAGUUGUACGGCGCCGUGAAGGCUCUUCAGAAGCUGGGCGGCAGCGGAGUGCUCGUACAGCCCAUGACGUACAUCUUUGAUGAGGAGCCCGAGCGCUGGGUGAAGUUGUGUGAGACGCUGGGAGUGGAUCCCGCGCAGUUUAGCAACGGUAACGGAUCUUCCAAGUAACGGGGUUUCCAAGUAAACUUCGUUGGUCGUUGGACUGCAGGGUUUCAACAAAUGUUUGGCAUGGUAUAAUGCCCGUAAUGGGAGUGUUGGGUCCAAUUCAGCAAAACGCUAAGGGGCCGGCGAAGCAACGGUAAUGGACUGGCGGCAGUCGUUCAUGUUAACUGUUGGCGCGGCGCGUAAUCGGGCAACGAAGACAUGUCUGGAGCUGUCUUGGUGGCUUUGGGAUGUGUUCUUGAGGGGUAGGAUGAUUAGUGCAGCUUGAAUGGCGGUUGGUUAUAAUGAUGGUAUAGGGGUGGGGGCGUCAUGCCGACCUCUCGGGAGCCUGUUGUUGUGCGGUUGGGGUACCUCGGGGCACGCAAGGGGCAAGGCUCCUUACUCAUAGGGAACUAGGCAGUAUUCUUGAGAAAUAAGAAGGUAAAGGGGUUAAGACGGGAAGAAGGACGGUAUGAAAGGGAAGACAAAGUGGCCGAGGAGGACAUGGUGCAUGGUCCUGUGCGAAUGGUAUCCUCGUGUAAAGGUCUGGCUGCGUAUUUUGACGGGUUGGCGUGGCUCAGACUUUGCUGCAGGGCAAGCGGAGGACGAAGGAUGGAGAG